AUGCAGUUCAGACUCUUCGCCCUCCUCGCUACUGUCGCUCUCACCCUCGCCUCCCCCCUCCACAUCCGCCAAGACAACAAUGAUAACAACGAUAACAACCAAAUCUCUGGCAACGAUGGCAGCGGGGACCAGAUAGUCGGCAACAACGGUCAAAACGCAGGCAACGCCGCUUCUAACUCCGGUAAGGUCAACGGUGACCUCACUAUCCAGCAGGCUACCACGACCUGCGGUAAUGCUCAGCUCAAUUGCUGCAACAAGGUCGAGAAGAAGGGAGACACCACCAGUGCUGGUCUCCUCGGAAGCGUCUUUGGCAGUGGUGACUUGGGCGUCCAGUGCUCGCCCAUUAACGUGGCCGCCUUGGCUGUGCAAGUACCAGUCAACAAGGCGUGCGAUGCCAAAGCUGCCUGUUGCCAGGGAGAUAACACUCAGAAUGGUGUUGUCAAUGUCGGGUGUAUCGCCCUUGCUUCCCUCCUCUAG